AACAGAAGUGUUUGCAAUUGAUGGAGUCCUCAAGUGUUGAGACAGAGGAUGAUGUGAACACUUUUGCAAUAAGGCAGCGUAAGCGCCCAAGGAGGUUUGUCUCCGAAUCCUCUGAUGAUGGUAAGCUCUCUUCACUAAUGACAACAUUAGUUACUCAAUUCAGUGUUCAUUUUCAAGUCAUUUACAAGAAAUUUACAUUGCACAUUGUAUGGUCUUUCCUUCCAGAUGAUUGUGCUCCAGUGGUAGCAGCAACCAAGAAGCAACCCAAGACUCUGACUGUGCCUGGAAGCCCUGUGUGUCAGCAGGACCCAAUGCCACUACCACCACAAUGGUCAACACCAGCCGGGACUGGAGCCAGUCCUCACCACCCUAGCCCAAGUCCUGUUGACCCUGUUCAAGCCAGCAGCUGGGCACUACACCCAAUUCAGUCAGCCAGGCACCUCCAAGAAUCACUGGAAACCUCUUUUGACUCUGUUCAAGCCAGCAGCCGGGCGCUUCAUGACGGACAGGGUGUCUCAGCUAUCACAGCCAUGUUUGAGAGAAUCACAGAGGCCCACAUGAGUUGCUUGAUGCGGAGGCUCGAGGCUAGGUUUGACAGGACCGAGGCUAGGUUUGACAAGAUCAAGUCAUUGGUGGAGACCAACGCCCCGACACACGCCUCAACUCCAGCAAGAAGAUGUGGUGUUGGCUAAACCAUGCAGCAUGGUGAUGGAGCUGCUGGAGUUGGAUAGGAGUCUGGAACAACCAGACAAGAGGAACAAGAUGCAACAUUUUCUUGAAACUGUCGGAGGGGCAGGUUUAGGGGCAGCCAUUCACCGUAUGCUACGCCGAGCGGCAAAUAAUGAGGUACUCGCCCAGUACAGCUUGCGGGGCAGACGGGCCAAAAUGUCCUUUGAUGUCCAUUCUGUGCAAGAUUAUAAAGGCUGCAUGCGUCAAUUUCCUGGCCAUACGGAAGCUGAAGUGGAGGAAUGCCUUGGGCAGACUCUAAAAUUUGCACCACACAGACGGUCAGCAGCAACGGGUGAACAGUGAUUUUUAUUCUUUUUUUUUGUGAAGUGAUUUUUUUUUUUUAUUCUAUUUUGUUUGUUAUUGAAUGCACAGUUACACUUUAAAAAACUGUUAUUUCUAUUUUAUUCUGUUUUGAAUGUGUUUUAUUGAAUGCACCGUUUCAGAAACUUUUCUAUUUUAUUCUGUUUUGUAUAUAUGAUUGUUUUAUUGAAUGCACUGUUACACUUUCAGAAACUAUUUUAUUUUUUAUUUU